CUCAUUUCUAAAGCAACAUUUCUUGCCAUGGGAUCGAUGCUGGAAACAUAAUAAUCCCGUCAUCCACCGUCUUGUCCUUCUUGACUUCUCUGUUGGAAUUCAUUCUCUAGUAGACAAACUGUAUUGAAACAUUCAUAUCAACAGAACAACAACAGCAACAACAUGCCUUCUGCUAGUGACCAUGCCAGUAAAGUCUUGAUCUUCGAUUGGGACGAUACCAUCUGCCCCUCCACAUUUGUAGACAGCUAUCAAAUCGAACACAUCAGUGAGCUGCCGCUGGACGUUCAAGAAUUGUUCCACGAAGUGGCUCGAUGCGCCGAGAAGUGCAUGAAAGAAGCUGAGAAGUACGGAGAGGUGAUUGUGAUUACCAACUCAGAUGAGGGCUGGGUCAAGUACUCUGCUGAGCGCUUUGUGCCACGGCUGCUUCCCAUCCUGGAGAACUACAAAGUCAUCUCGGCUAGAACUCGGUACGAGCGGUUUUACCCUCAGUCUUCCCUCUGCUGGAAAGCCGCUGCGUUUGCCCAUGAAGUGAACGAAUUAUUUGAAAUGAAGGGGGCAUACUCGGAUAGUGCAUCCGACAAGUCCUACGACAGUCUGGAACUGACCGAUGUCUCGACGGCCUCGGAGGAGUCUCUCGCACACAGUAAACAUGCGGGCUUUUCCUGGCGUCGACCAUCGCGGCGUGAGAUUGUUUCCUUUGGGGAUGGGAUGGAAGAACGGACCGCUGUGCGGAUUGUGGCAGAACAGCUCACCGCCAUUCCCAAGAGUGUCAUGUUUUUGCACAAUCCCACGCCUAUCCAGAUUAUUGGGCAGCUUAUUAUGCUGACCAACCAUAUGAAGUAUGUCUGCCGUCACGAGACGAGCCUAGAUCUUGAGAUUAGCUCGGAUCAGGCAGAGAGUUGUGCCGAGCGCUACUUCAAACGGCACAACAUUCACUUUGACACUGAGUACAUUGGGGCCACGCCAUCGGGGGGACACUUAGUGGUCGAUAGAAUACCGGUAGAUACUACGACCGCUGACAGUGAACAGCACGCUAAUGGGGUUGCUGUGUCAGUGUCGCUAUAGCUGGGUUGCGAAAAUACUUUCACAACAAAACACAAGACCACAAGGCAAUCAAGCUUCUUGCACCUAGAUUGCAUUUUGACAGAAGUAAAACUACUAUAGUAUUGGCAUAUUGACGCAU